CCCUAUUUAUGCUCAAUGUACCAGUUCCAGCAGUUGCAUCUGUGUAAUCAUGCGUACAAUGAUCGGCCGUAGGCCCCUGGUAGCUCUAUUAGCGGUGUUGACGCUUCUUCUCCGGCCAGCAGCUGCGACGGCGGCCGCGAGUGGCUAUGCCGCGGACCGCAUCGACCGUCUGCCGGGACAGCCGGCGGUGGACUUCGACAUGUAUUCCGGGUACAUCACGGUGGAGCACAGCGCCGGACGGUCUCUAUUCUACCUGCUGCAGGAAGCGCCCGAGGAAUCCCAGCCAGCGCCGCUGGUGCUCUGGCUCAACGGCGGGCCCGGCUGCUCCUCCAUAGCCUACGGCGCCUCCGAGGAGCUUGGUGCAUUUCGCGUCAGGCCGCAUGGCGCGGGGCUGUUUUUGAACGACUACCGGUGGAACAAAGUGGCGAACAUCCUGUUCUUGGACUCGCCGGCCGGCGUCGGGUUCUCGUACACCAACACCACCUCCGACCUCUACACCUCCGGCGAUAACAGAACAGCUCAUGACUCCUACACUUUUCUAUUGAAAUGGUUCGAGAAGUUCCCACAUUACAUGUACCGCGAUUUCUACAUUGCUGGCGAGAGCUAUGCAGGGCACUAUGUCCCGGAGUUAUCCCAGCUCGUCCACCGGAAUAACAAAGGCAUCGAGAAACCCACUAUCAACUUCAAAGGCUUCAUGGUCGGGAAUGGUCUGAUCGACAACUACCACGACUACCGUGGCACGUUCCAGUUCUGGUGGAACCACGGGCUGGUCUCCGACGAUACCUACCACCUCCUCAACCGCUCCUGCCUCCACGACUCCUUCAUCCACCCGUCGCCGGCAUGCGAUGCCGCGCUCAACGUCUCAACGGAAGAGCAGGGCAACAUCGACUUGUACAGCAUCUACACGCCCACCUGCAAUGUGACGGCGACCAACUCGUCGGCGAGCCGACAGCGGCCGAGGGGACGCUACCCAUGGAUGACCGGAUCGUAUGACCCGUGCACGGAACGAUACUCCACAGCGUACUACAACCGGCGGGACGUGCAGAGGGCCCUCCACGCAAACGUCACCGGCACCAUAAACUACACAUGGGCGACCUGCAGUGACACCAUCAAUAGCAACUGGCGUGAUGCUCCGAGCUCCAUGCUUCCUAUUUAUAAAGAGCUUAUUGAAGCUGGUCUAAGAAUAUGGGUCUUCAGUGGAGACACAGACGCAGUAGUCCCCUUGACAGCAACAAGAUACUCCAUCGAGGCUUUGGGUCUUCCAACUACUAUUAGUUGGCACCCUUGGUAUGACGUCCAAGAGGUCGGCGGAUGGAGCCAGGUGUACGAGGGCCUCACGUUGGUGACUGUCCGAGGCGCGGGUCAUGAGGUUCCCCUGCACCGCCCGCGGCAAGCCCUAAUAAUGUUUCAGCAGUUCCUGCAGGGCAAGCCCAUGCCAGGACACAACACAAAUGGAACUUUGUCUUAACAAAAAUAAGACGAAAAUCAUACUGUAAUCUGGAUUCGAAAGCAAUCAUCAAUAAAGUAAUAUGUGUGGCUUAAA